CUUAGUUUUUACUUUUUAGCUACAUCCGAGUCGCUAAACCAUAUCAAGUAAUCAACAAUGCAUCCGAGUCGACUCACUCAAGAUGAUCUAGAAGAAACCAUAUAGGCACAUAGCACAGUAGCAAUAUGAGGUGGAGUUGACUAAUCUAUCUGCGUCUCAAUACUCGUUUCCAAGAAAUCGUAAAAACGGGCAAUAUCCACAAGUCAAAAGAUAUGAAGAAAUUGUUCCUCAAUCGGAUAUUGUUUAGUUUUACCAUCUCUAUUGUCUGUUUUUCCUCCACCAUGUUCGCCGAUUCCGCUGAAGACUCGCUACUCGGAUCUGCUCGCGUGGUUUUUCAGACAAAUUAUGGAGACAUUGAAUUUGGUUUCUACCCGAGUGUGGCUCCUCAAACAGUGGAACACAUUUACAAACUUGUUCGUUUGGGAUGCUAUAAUACAAAUCACUUCUUUCGGGUGGAUAAGGGAUUUGUUGCACAAGUGGCUGAUGUUAGUAAUGGUAGAACAGCUCCUAUGAAUGAAGAACAAAGAACCGAAGCUGACAAAACCAUUAAAGGUGAAUUCAGUGAUGUUAAACAUGUAAGAGGAAUUCUUUCUAUGGGAAGGUAUUCAGAUCCGAAUAGUGCUCAAUCAUCGUUUUCAAUGCUUCUUGGAGAUGCUCCACACCUUGAUCAUGAGUAUGCGAUAUUUGGUAAAGUUACUAAAGGUGAUGAGACACUAAAGAAGCUUGAGGAAUUACCCACUCGACGUGAAGGAAUAUUUGUAAUGCCAACUGAGCGCAUCACAAUUCUGUCAACAUAUUACUAUGAUACAGAGAUGGAGAAUUGUCAACAGGAUAAAACCGUGUUGAAGAGGAGACUUGCUGCUUCUGCUGUUGAGAUUGAAAGACAGAGGAUGAAGUGUUUCCCAUGACCAAAAAUGACAUAGAAAUGAAAAAAAGAUUUGUCAAAUUACAUGGAAACAUGUAAAUGGUCAAUGUGGGCCUAAUUUCAUUGACCUUCAAAGACAACCCAACCAUGCUUAUGAUAGACAUACCCAUGUGCAUAUCACAUGCUUAAGGUAAAUAGGAUACACUAGAAACUUUAUGAUGAUGGCUACAUGAUUUCACAGACACAUGUGGAUUGAGUUUGUUUGUUAUGCUAAUGGACAAGAGUGAGGGUGACUGUUGUUGACGCUUUUAUCAUGUCAUUGUCAUUGAAUUUCUUCAAUUCAGGUAUAUUGAUUUUUUAUCACAAAGAUUUUUUUUUUUUGACAAAUGUCUGCUCCUCGGGUUGUAACAUGACCUUUCCUUCUAGAUUGGUCAAAUCUUUCACAAAGAAGCAUCUAGAGUUGUCUUGUGUGGUAAAAGAUUUGACCUUUCUUUCUCAAGAUUUGUCAAAAUGUUAUAAUAUUGCAUUUGUUUGGUAUCCUAGGAGUCCAUUUAAUGGUUCCUAGGGUAAAUGCUAUCAAAAGAGCCGAUAUCAACUCUAGUAGGGGUUAAGGAACAUGGAGGAGGUAAAAUCAUAGUGUCUUCAUAACAAGAAAGAUGAUAUACAAUCUUGAAUUUGAGAGAGAUCUCACUUAUGGAUUCCAUGAGUUAGGUUUUUAUAUUCUGGUUUUGAGCAGAUUGGUUGGGUUAAUCAAGUUUUUUUUGUUGGACAUUUGACUGAUAACCGAACAGAACUACAAUCUAGUUAUUCGGGUAUAUAAGUUUGGGUUGGUAUAUCUUAAAUUUACCGAUUUACGUGAAAGUUAUGUUUUUAAUUAACACUUUAAAAGUGAUAUUCCAACUACUAUUAUGCUAAAAAGAUUAUAAUGCAAU